AUGAGUGGCGGAGGGACGGAGACCCAAGUGGGUUGCAAGGCCGCUGCGGGUGGCGAAGGCGGCAAGAAGAGGGACUGUCCUGGGACCGCGGGUUCGCCAGUGCACCUCAUUACCAAAGAUCUUGGAGAAAUUCAUUCAAGACUUUCAGAUCACAGACUAGUUAUUCAAGGUGAAACCCGUUAUUUUAUGAAAGAAUUUGAAGAAAAAUGUGGUCUUCGAGAAAUGAGAGUUCUUGAAAAUUUGAAGAAUAUGAUCCACAAAACAAAUGAACAGACUCUUCCCAAAUGUGGAGAGACAGUGCAGGACAACUUAAACCAAGUUCUCCAGAGAUUGCAAGCAGCUAAUCACUCAGUUUGUAGACUCCAACAGAGGGAGCAGAUACAAAGAAAGAUGCAUGGUGAGCAUUUAAUAGCUAGUGAAAAACAGCAUGCAAUCCAGUUGGAAGAUUUCAUGAAAGAACAACACAACAAAUGGGCUGAAGUGGACGAAAAGCACAAAAAAGCCAUGGAGAGACUUAAAGAUCAAUAUGCCGAGAUGGAGAAAGACUUAGCAAAAUUUUCAACCUUUUAA